AUGGCAACCUCAAUUUCAUAUGCCAGUGGUUCAGACCUGGACAGUGACGCUGAAAAUAAUCGUACACUUCCGGAGUGUUUUGAUUUUGUAUUUAAAUUACACGAGGAAUUCGAAACCACAAGCGAACCAACUUCUUCGGAUCAUUUACAGAAACAACUCAGAGAAGGCAUUCUUUUGUGUGAAAAGGCAAUCCGUAUAGUUAAUGAUUUGCAACUAUUCAGUAACAAUGAAGAUUUUGAGGAAGUCUCCACAAAUGAAAUCAAGUACAUGCUUCUGUCUGCUUUCCUGGCAUACCUAACGGGACUUAACACACAUCUGCCCAGAAGUGUCGCAGUGAACAAAUCAAAGCUCUGCUACUUAGAUUUUCUGAAGCUGCUGAAAAGCUAUGAUGUUAUUCAAUAUGAUGUUCACCAUUCUGAGGAUGAUGAAGAGGAGAAUACAAUGUCAUUGGUUAAGCGACCAUCAAGCCAAAAUUCUGAUCUCAGUUUGCAAGCGGCACAGAGAAAUAACAAAAUUCAACGAUUCAAGGAAAAGAAAGCCAUGGAAAAAAAGAUGACAGAUUUAAAGGUGUACAUGGAUAAAGAACACGUGGAUGAUGAGAUUAAGAGAGAAUUUUAUCUCACCCUGUUGAAGCACUGGGCCAGUAAAGCUGUCGAUGAAAUUGACAGCUGUAAUCUUGAGCUUCAGAUGUUGAAACAUCGAGAAGAGAUGGCCAGAAAUGGACAAGGGAGCCAGUUGAAUGUGUCGAGGAAUAAUGAAACCAAAAAAGUUAAGUCAUUCCGGCCAUUCAUUCUGACGAAGACGCAGAUUCAGAAGCAAGUUUUUGGGCUGGGAUACCCAUCCAUGCCAACUAUGACAGUUGAUGAGUUUUACGAGCAGAAACUCAAGGAGGGAACAUUGUCAGAGUCAGUUCAUACAGGGCACAGCAUGCAGAACUGGGCUCAGAAUCCUGAGCAAGAUGCUUUAGAGAUAGAAAAGGAAGAUGCAGAGAAAGAACUCAAGGCUGAACGAGAUGAUGAAGAAGCUUUGGCACGGGCAAGAGCAAUGGAUGACUGGAAGGAUGACCACAGGCGAGGGGAAGGAAACAGAUACAAUAAAGGAUAG